AAGGUGGUCUGUGAUGGAUCUUUUUAAAUAUAAAAUAAAAAAAUAAAAUAAAGUAAAUAAUAAAGAUAAAGAUAAAUAUAAGGAAGAUUAAACAUAAUGUUACGCAUGUAAAUGUAGCAUAGUUUUUUUACUCUUGUAAAGUUAUUUUUCAUAAAAGUGAAAAAUUUAAAGUGUUUAGUUGGUUUUUGUGAAAUAAUUUAUAAAUGUAUUUUCAAUUCUAAUAUCUGAUUUUUAUCAAUAAUGUUUAAACAUUGGUUUUGUGGUAAAUGACUAGUCACUUUAUAAAGAUUGUUUAAUAGAAAAAGAUCAUGGAGUCUAUUUUUAAUAUCGAAACUGGUACUAGCGUGAAUAUUAAAAGAACCGACGGGCGAGUCCAUUCAGCUAUUGUGUCAGGCGUCAAUUGGCAACAACAAAGUGUCACGGUUGAAUGGUUUGAAAAAGGAGAAACCAAAGGCAAAGAGGUAGAAAUUGAAGCCAUCAUAUCGCUGAAUCCUGAACUAAGCAUCCCAAAUGUUGUUACACCAUCAAUUACAAAUAACCAAGUUCUGGUUACUACAAAAUCACGGAACACGAGCAAGUCUUCGUUACCGAUGAAAUCAUCUCUUAAUAAACAGACUUCUCGGCAAAUCAACCGUCCGACUAAUAUUAUGCCGACAUCCGUCAAUGGCAAUGAUUCAAUCUUGAAUUUCACUGGUCGUCGUGAAGUUGAAACCAUCCCUCCAACACCUACUACUCCAGCUUUUUCCGUUCCUAAUCCUAUUUCAUUGAAAUCAAAACAAUCAAUUCAAACUCAAAAUGUAUCAGACAAUAGUAGAAGUCGACGUUCCAAUGUUGUAAAGGAAGUAGAAAGAUUAAAGAAAAAUAGAGAAGAACGGAGACAGAGGCAGGCUGAAUUAAAAGAAGAAAAAGAAGCUCUUAUGAAUAUGGAUCCAGGGAAUCCUAAUUGGGAAUUUUUGGCAAUGAUAAGAGAUUAUCAAGGUAGUAUUGAGUUCCGUCCUCUAAGAGAAACAGAUGCAGUAGAAGACCACCAAAUAACAGUUUGUGUCAGAAAACGUCCAUUGAAUAAGAAGGAAAUCGCUAAAAAAGAAAUAGAUGUCAUUAGUGUACCCAGAAAAGAUCAAAUAGUUGUUCACGAGCCUAAAGCAAAGGUUGAUUUAACAAAGUACUUAGAAAAUCAAUUAUUUAGGUUUGAUUAUGCUUUUGAUGAAUCAUGUAAUAAUGAGAUAGUUUAUAAAUUUACGGCAAAGCCAUUGAUUUCAACAAUUUUUGAUGGUGGCAUGGCAACAUGCUUUGCUUAUGGACAAACUGGAAGUGGAAAAACUCAUACAAUGGGUGGAGAUUUCAAUGGAAAAACGCAAGAUUGUAGAAAAGGAAUAUAUGCAAUGGUAGCUAAAGACGUAUUUAAGUGCCUAAAAAUACCCAAAUAUCGCCCAUUGAACUUGAUUGUUUCAGCUAGUUUUUUUGAAAUAUACUCAGGAAAAGUAUUUGAUCUUUUAGCGGAUAAAGAAAAAUUACGAGUACUAGAAGAUGGAAAACAGCAGGUGCAAAUAGUUGGAUUAACUGAGAAAGUUGUCGAAAAUUGCGAUGAAGUAUUAAAACUCAUCCAACAUGGAAACAAUGUACGAACAAGUGGACAAACUAGUGCCAAUACAAAUUCAUCAAGGUCACACGCAGUUUUCCAAAUAAUUGUACGUGCACCAGGAACUCAUAAAAUUCAUGGAAAAUUUUCACUGAUAGAUUUAGCUGGCAACGAAAGAGGUGCAGAUACUUCUUCAGCUAAUAGACAAACCCGAAUGGAGGGAGCUGAAAUAAAUAAAUCCUUGCUAGCAUUAAAAGAAUGCAUUAGAGCACUUGGCCGAAAAGGUACCCACUUACCAUUUAGAGCCAGUAAAUUAACUCAAGUUUUAAGAGAUAGUUUUAUUGGAGAGAAGUCGAAAACAUGCAUGAUUGCCAUGAUUAGUCCUGGGAUGAGUUCUUGUGAGCAUUCCUUGAAUACUCUUCGUUAUGCUGAUCGAGUAAAAGAACUAGCGGUCACGGAACCAGCGGAAAUAAAAGACUUUUCAUUAGAAAAUGAGCGUAACAUGUUAGUUGACGAAACAAUGCACAUUAUGGUUCCAAGUGAAAGCGAUUUAGCACAACUGAUAUCCUUGAAUGAAGGAGAAUUAUCUCAAGACUUGUAUACCUUUCAUGAAGCAGUAUCUGCUUUGCAAAUGUUGGAGGAAGAAGUAUUAGACAUGCACAAAUUAAUCAUGGAUAACACUGCAAAAUUUUUAAAUGCAGCUCAUAACUUAUUUAGCAUGACACAUGAAGUAGAUUAUGACCAAGAAGAUUAUGCAAAGCAAUGGGAAGAAACUUUACUAAAGCAACGUGAUAUACUGGCCGAAGGUCUAACUCAAGUUGGCCAAUUCCGGAGUCAACUUUUACAAGAAGAACAAAUCAGCCAAAAAAUGACUCGUACAACAAAUACAAGAUUUGACUAACAAAAGGUGAAGUUUAGUAAAAUGUGAAAUAAAUCAUUGGUGUAUACUUUUUUCAAAUAAGUACAUUAAUAUAAAAAUAAUUCGGUUUUUAUAUAAGACAAUGUGACCAAUGUAAAUAAACAUAUUAGAUAUCAUCUUAAGCUAACUGUGCCAUUUAUAACGUAAUUUAUAAUAUUUUGCUUAAUUUUUCAUCUUUUAUCAUUUACUCGUUUAUAAAAAUUAUCAAUUUUAAUUAUAUUGAAAGUUGCUAUAUUUACAAAAGUGAUUGCACUAAUUGUUCUAAUAAGAUAAAUGAAACUUCUAUAUAUAAAUGCGUAAAAAGGUUAUAAAUAACUACAUAUCUAAAUAAUUAAUCUAAAAAGUUGUCAAAUUAUUGUAAGCAAAUAAUUUUAAUUAAAAAAUUUUAAAUUGGUAUUAAAAAUGUUUUUCAUUAUUUUUUACCUAGAAUCCAUUGUAGCGAUCAAUUCUGAAAAUAAUAACCUUCCGAAUAAUUUAUUUACCUAAUUUUGUAUAAAUACGUAUGAUAAAAGAGAAAACAUGGAAAAUUUGUUCUUCAUUCUUGGUAUGUAUGGCAUAGUUAGGUUAAUGGUAUCAGAAUUUAA